GUGUGUAGCCGAGCCAGCCGCGGCGAAAGUUUUGCCUCGCCUCGCCUGGCCCCGCGCCGCGGCGGAGCCCUUGCCCGGCUCGGCCUGGAGCCGGCGGCGGCCCGGCGGGCAUCGCCUCCCGACGCGGGCGCCGGCAGGGCACCGGCGCGCCCGUCCACGCCGCGCCAUGCCGCUGGGGCACAUCAUGAGGCUGGACCUAGAGAGAAUAGCCCUGGAGUACGUCGUGCCCUGUUUGCACGACAUCGGCUUCUGCUACCUGGACAACUUCUUGGGAGAGGUGGUGGGGGACUGCGUGCUGGAGCGGGUGAAGCGGAUGCACCGCGACGGGGAGCUGGCCGACGGGCAGCUGGCCGGCCCCAGCCGAGGCAUCGCCAAGCGGCACCUCCGCGGCGACCAGAUCAAGUGGAUCGGUGGCACGGAGGAGGGCUGCGAGGCCAUCAACUUUCUCCUCACGCUGAUAGACCGGCUGGUGAUGUACUGCGGAAGCCGGCUCGGCAAGUACUACGUGAAAGAGCGAUCCAAGGCUAUGGUUGCUUGCUAUCCUGGAAAUGGAACUGGUUAUGUUCGUCAUGUGGACAAUCCAAAUGGUGAUGGGCGCUGCAUCACAUGUAUUUAUUACCUGAAUAAGAAUUGGGACUCCAAGCUGCAUGGUGGAAUUCUUCGAAUAUUCCCAGAAGGAAAGUCCUAUGUAGCAGAUGUUGAGCCGAUUUUUGACCGAUUACUUUUUUUUUGGUCAGAUAGAAGGAACCCACAUGAAGUCCAGCCUUCUUAUGCAACCAGAUAUGCCAUGACGGUGUGGUAUUUUGAUGCCGAAGAAAGAGCAGAAGCCAAAAAAAAGUUCAGGAGCUUAACUGAUGCAAGGAAGAGAGAAGCACCUGUUAAUGAAGACUAAUCAACUGUUUCUGAACUCUUUGUGAGGAAAUAAGAUCCCAAAGAUGACUUCCAUUUCCAGCAAAAAAUGACAAAUUGUUAUUAUGCACAAGAACGUACUGGUUGUGUCUAGCACGUGCAUCUUAUACUGAUGGUACUUACGGCAGCCUCCUGUCACGCUGCAUCUGGCAGAAGGAACACUUGUUUUGUUUUUGCCUUUUGCUGGAAAAAGAAACCAAGGUUAAAAAAAAAAAAAGAGUAUCAUUAAGCCUAGUAGUAGUGGCUCAGCCAACUGGCUUUUGAUCUCUCUUGUAACUAAGAUAAUGAUCAUUGGAACUAGUGGUAAAAACCUGAGUCUUAUUUGCACUUUAUGGGAAAGAAAAAAUCUAGCUCAAUGGGAAGGAGCUUUGCAAGUUUAAAAUCUGUGGCAGACUGCUAAUGGGCACGGAGGUCUAUUGGAUAUGUGCAACUAAAUUGGAUAUUUCACAGAUUCGUAGAGUGUCAUCUCAUGGUCUGUCCCAAGUGGACCUGUUGAUGUACUGUUCAUCACUUUGCAGAACAUUAGUUCAGCUCUUCGAUAACAUGACUUUCCAAACAGAUUUUUUGUCUACACAAUCAUUGCAUUUCCUGGAUUUUAUUUGCUCUUCAAGAAGCAAGUUUUAGCUAGUUGCACUACUUGCACUGCCCUUUCUGUCUAAGGACUGAGGGGAUAGUAGUUAUGUAUCUGUUCACAACUUUGUAAAACCAUUUCUUUUCUGUUCUGAGUGGGAUGGGUUCUACGUUUUCUGUUUUCACAGUUUGGUACAGCAACUGUUUUCUCCCUAAAGUCUGGUAAACUUGGAAAGCUUAUGGCACACAAUAUGUUGGCACUAAAGGCCAGUACUAUGUAGAGUUUAGGGUUUACUUUGUGACUUCUCCAACUGUUGUAUUCUGUAUGACACAGAUAUGAAUCUGAAAGGAAAAGAGAUAUCUGGCAGUCUGACAAAUAUAUGAUAAAUAAUGGGUAACUUAGACUUGAUUUUUAUGCUGAUUAUUCUUAGUUAACAGACUUGUUUAAUUUUGCAUGCCUGUGUAAUUUGAAUGAAACAGCAAUUCCGUUUUAAUUGAUCUGUUAUGCCAGGUAACUACUACUAUUGUGCCCAAGCUGUGAGAUUAGAGUUAUUCACACAUUUUUUUCUCCGUUAUUUUUUUAAACUUAAUAGACUCAAUGAGUAAGUGGUCAACUAUCUCCAAUCUGUCUAAGCUUCUACAACCAGCACUUACUAUGCAGUUCAGAAUAGCUCUUAAUGAAGCUGAGAGCUGGUAGUGGAUGUAUUUAUCACUCACACUAACUGUUCUCAACCUAAUACACUCACUUGGCAUUCAUUUUUAUCUCAUCUUGUGUAUGUCAGACUCUAUUAAGUGUUCCAAAUAGAUGCCCCCUUUGGUGUCCCAUAUUUUCCUGUGCCACCUGCCCACAAGGGUGAGUGUGGUCUGUCUGGACUAUUGGCCCCUACGGUGGCACGCUGUACCAGGCUGUCAUGAUAGUGAUGGGUCUGCAGGCCAGCUCUGUUGCAUUUGAGCUAGGGAAUGGAAAAGUAGCGUGCAAUGGCAACUAUUAAAUGUCAGCGGCAGAAGGGUAACAGCUGCAUAGGACAGAAAAGAAAUAACUUUCAUAACUUAAAAAAUUAUAAUAUAAAGGAAGUAUUUUUUAAAGCAGUUUUGUGUCUUAAAAAAGAAAAUAAACUGGGCAUUCUUCAGCCUGUCCUUGAAUGCUGAAUGUAAAUACAGUAGUGCUAAGAAACCCCUCAUUCUCUCUGGCUUCUCCCAGAGAUCCAGCUGCGGUCUUAUAGGCCUGACCACUGUGCACCUUAAGAAAGGAGUAUGAGGGAACAUGUGUGACAAAUAUUCUUGCUAUUCUUGCAACUCAAGACUAGAAAACAACAAAUAAUCUGAUAAAUGUCCUUUCGUGUUACAAAAAACAUUAUUCCUCUAUAGUUGCUUCUAAGUAACACACCAUAGAUUUGAAGGAAACUUAAUGAUAAUUUAAUUCUCAUUCUGCAAUGUUAGUGUGGGAGGAGAGAGUUAGGGCUCUUCCUUGAGAGUGAGAGGUAACCCUUUGAAACAUGAGGUGUUGAAAAAGGGGGCCCUUAUUUAAAAAAGGUGGUGGAACACAAACUGUUGUAUUACUAUGCAAAGUUGAUAAUGUUAUGUAAAUUUUAAACUCUUACAUGAUUUUAAAAGGAGCAAAACCAGCUAAAACAGAGCAGAGCAAGUAUUGCUUUGCCUCUAGUGACUGUAACCUUAAAAAUGCACUAGAAAGAGAUGUUAGUUCACAUCUUACUGGAGCCUGGAACAGUGGAAAACCAACGUGAUGGGAGGGGAAAGGCUUUUGUUUAAAGUCUGAAAAAGGAAGGUACUUUACACCACUGUUGUUACCACCUGGUUUCUGCAGUGGUCAGCAACACGUGUAGUGGAUGGAGCAUGGAGCAGUAUGAUUGCAUUUAUUAUAAAUAAAGUACAUGUUUUCAUUUUUAGCCAAUAUCAUCCUCAUCUAGAUAGAAGACAGAACAGAGAGCCCUGUCUUUAUUAACAUACAUAAUCAAGUGCAAAAAAGUUGAAACCAUUUCCUCAGUCCUCUGCUUCAGACUUUUACCCUGUUUCCACAAGAGUGGGAUUAUCUCCUUGCAGAUACUGUAGUUUAAUUAGGGGUGGGAUGUAUGGUUUGUUGCUCAUGUAAGAAUACCCAGGUGUGAUGUUUUCUACAUUGAUUUCUCUUACCUGUCUCUGGAAUUGUUGCAAACUGCUCUGUAAGAAUGAAAUUGAUUAAAGAAUUGUGGGGGAAGCAGGCUGCUACAGUGGGGAGGCCAUUUCAGCGAGGCUCUUUCCUUGGGUAUUGUCUUCAUGGCAAGCUGUUUGAAUCACAUAUGGCUAAACGGCACUUGUUAGCCAGUUGGGAAAAAGUGUUUUCUCUAAGGCAUUUAAUUUUUAAUCCUCCGAAAGUUCUGGGCUUUUUUUUUUUUAACCUUUAGAAAAUGUGCCUUCAUCAUUUGUAUCUGUGAAGAAGUUUCAUGCCGCACGUGCAUGUCAUGCUAGUAUUUCAUGGCUCUUAAGAAAUAUGGUUGCCUUUUCAAAUGCAGUUGCAUGGGAAAAAUGUGCAGAGCCACCAAACCACAAUUUUCAACUGGUGUUUUUUGUUGUACAGGGAGGAAAAAGGCCAGGAAACAGUGCUGAAAAUCAAGAGAUUAUUUUUAUUCCUAAACCUGCAGCCACUGGCCUUUUGAGCAAAGUAGCCUCUAAAAUAUCUUUUUCUCUAGAUUACUUCUGGCUCUGUGAGGAAUGACUUCCACAAAGGAGUGUCUAAAAAGAUCCACUCUUUUUUUCCUUCUAUCUUUAAACAGUUUUAGUUGUUUCCAAUUGUGUUUUUAAAGAUGUUGGAAUUUAUUAUAUGUAUUUGUUGUUGCAAAAUAGCUGGCUCUAACACCACUUGCAUCUAGAAGAAAAUAUCUAUUUGCAGGCAAAUGACUUCUGCUUUGACUGUGAUGUACUCCCAGCAGAUAUCUGAGAGUGAGUUAUAACUACAUCUUCUCUUGUCAGGUUGUAUGCUGGUCAACAAUGCUGGCACUUUGCAUUGGAUUCAUAUAGAAACUCCUAGUAGUAUUUUACCAUACAUCACAUUUUGUGUUCCUGUUACUAUUUAAAAAAAAAAAAAAUGUAGCAGGAGUCAAUAAACACUGGGUCAUGUUAAA